ACCCCACAAAUGACACUUGCAAAAUUUUUCGUAACGUCAACUGAUGUGAACCACGUGUCAUAUUAAAUUUUUAUAGCAUGCCCCCAAGGGUAUACGUUUAACAAAAUCCCCCCAUUCAAUGGCUAGCGAAUCGAACACUAGUAUACCCCUGAACGACAUCAGCGAUUCAUCGGACUGGUCUUCAAGCGAUGAGAAACAGAAGCCCCCCAAAAAGGUCCCGCAGGCGAAAAUUUCCAAGAAAUCCGAUAGCGCCACCAAGAUCAAGUCCCCAAAAAAGAGGAAACGGGUCGUCACUGUCUGUUUAACGCACUGCAGGUACGAUGUCAUCAGAAGGGUCGCUCAGAAAUUCAAUUACAGGGAGGUUAGUGAAGGAGAAAACUGGAAUAUGUACUGGACGGAUCUGUCCAUCACGGUGGAUAGGUGCAAGGAGAUGAGGAGGUUUCAGAAAAUCAAUCAUUUUCCAGGAAUGCUGGAAAUCUGCAGAAAAGACCUACUAGCUCGAAACCUGAACAGAAUGCUACGCAUGUUCCCAAGAGACUACAACUUCUUCCCUAAAACUUGGUGUUUUCCCGCCGACCUAGGAGAAGCUCUAACCUACAGUAGAUUACGCAAGAACAAAACCUUCAUCCUCAAACCUGAGGCCGGUAGUCAAGGUAGAGGCAUCGUGAUCACUAAGACACUGAAGGAAAUCCGACCUUGUGACAGAGGAAUCUGCCAAGUUUACAUCACCAAACCAUUUCUAAUCGAUGGGUACAAGUUCGAUCUGAGAGUAUACACUCUGAUCACAUCCUGCGAUCCUUUGAGAAUCUUCAUCUACAAUGAAGGCCUAGUCAGGUUCGCCACUAGUAGAUACAAAGAGCCAAACGGCAUCAACAUAACAAACGUUUUCAUGCAUCUCACCAACUACGCCGUGAACAAACACAGCAGGACCUACAACCAGGACACCGAAGGGGGUAGCAAGAGAAAGCUGUCUUGGUUCAACAAUUACCUGAAGAGUUUGAAGCAUGACGUAGAAGCAAUUUGGUACAGGAUCGAUGACGUCAUAAUCAAAACAAUAAUCAGCGCUUACCCGGUACUGAAGCAUAGCUACGCAGCCUGUUUUCCAAACCACGACGUGAUUCCUGCUUGCUGUGAGCUACUAGGAAUCGACAUCUUGCUUGACAAAAGGAUGAACCCCCAAGUUCUUGAAGUUAACCACUCUCCAAGCUUCCAUACGGACACAGAACUGGAUUGCGAAGUCAAAGAAGCCCUACUUUACGAUAUGUUCGCGAUGAUGAACCUAGAGAUCUGCGACAAAAGAAAGCUCAUUCGUGAGGACAGAAAGCGGGUAAGGGAAAGGUUGCUGAGUGGGUCUAACCCUAGGGAGAAUCAGUCCAACAGUGACUCCAAGUACUUCACCGAGUACUUCAAACAAGAAAUGGCCAAUAGGGGAGGGUUCAGAAUCGUGUACCCAUGUGCCAACACAGAACACAAUUACAUGAAGUACUUCGAACAGGGACAAAACUCGCUGUACUGUGAUACCGCCUCCAGCAGAGCUAGAGAAGCAGCCCAGAAUGCUCUCAGAGACGAAAUGCAGCUGAAAGCUAAGUUGGAGGCUUCCAAGAGGAUUUCAGCAAGAGCCAAGCCUAUACUGGCCGAACCAGCACCUAGUAGGGCAGUCUCUCGAGCUUCUUCUACACCGCUCAGCGUCAGAAGUGACUACAGCAACUCCUUCGAAGCUCAAUCGAUAGUGGAGUAUGAAGAGAAGGAGCGGCUACAACGGUUGGCUCAGAGGGACUACCUGGUGAGGAGUCAAGGCAUUUUGGAGCUCAUUUACUUCUCAAUGAAGAAGAACAACGUUCUGAGGCCACACGAUGAGAGAAAAUAUGCGAUAUUUGACAAAAUUCGACAAGCUAGCGAGACUAUUAACAAGAACGUGAGUAAUGGGCCGGAAAUUUCCGAUAUGCUGGAGGAGAUCCACGGAAAGGGGAUGGAGGGGACGAUGACUUCACUCAAGAGGGAGAUAUAUCCAUGGCAUAAGCCGAAAAAUCAUGUUGGUAAAGUGUGAUGGAUUUUUCACCGUUAUUAUUGUUAAUAAAAUCUGUGUAGUUUGUGGGUUUACUUCUCUUUAGAUUUUGUCACGAUGUAAGUUCGUUUCAGAAAAUAAAAGUGUCAGUUUGAAAU